GUCUCAGUGCCACAUGAUUACUCAUUUGUACUAACGCUCCAGAUCAACGCGGGAUCGAACCCACGGUGAAGUCGCAACGGGUCUAGACAGCGGUGCAGCUGCUGCCGCCGCGCGGAGAGCUGCUGGAGCCCCGCGUCCCACUCGCCAGGCUGUCCCGUGUCCUCCGCUCCCUCCUCCCGGUGAAAGAGACAAACUGCACCCCCACUCGUCUGUCUUCUUUCGCAUCGCCCCACCAGCCGCAGCCACCAUGACGGAGGCGGAGGCUUUGGAGAAGAAGCCGCUGCAGCAGAGGGGCACGUCCGGGAACAGCGGUACCACCAGCAACGUCCCCCCGGAGCCCCCCAGGGAAGACGGCGUGGACCACACGUACAAAGAGAGCGAGGGGCCCAAACCCCCCCGGGUCAUCGUGUGGAGGAACGUGGUCCUGAUGACCGUCCUGCACCUGGCGGCCGCGUACGGCUUCCUGCUCGUCCCCUCAGCAUCCCCCCUGACCUUGCUCUGGUCCGUACUUUGUUUUGUAGUAAGUGCUCUGGGAGUUACUGCAGGAGCUCAUCGCCUGUGGAGCCACAGAUCCUACAAGGCCUCAACCCCCCUAAAGAUCUUUCUUAGUUUAGCUAACUCCAUGGCAUUUCAGAACGAUAUCUAUGAAUGGGCCCGGGACCACAGGGUUCACCACAAGUAUUCAGAGACGGACGCGGACCCUCACAACGCCGUCCGAGGCUUCUUCUUCUCUCACAUCGGCUGGUUGAUGCUCCGCAAACACCCGGACGUCAUCGAGAAGGGACGCAAGCUGGAGCUCACCGACCUGCAGGCCGACAAAGUCGUUAUGUUUCAGAGAAACUACUACAAGCUGUCGGUGGUGCUCAUGUGCUUCUUCAUCCCCAUGUUCGUGCCCUGGUACCUGUGGGGGGAGUCCCUGUGGGUGGCCUACUUCGUCCCGGCGCUGCUGAGGUACACGCUGGUGCUGAACUCCACCUGGCUCGUGAACAGCGCCGCGCACAUGUGGGGGAACAGGCCCUAUGACACGGGCAUCAACCCCAGGGAAAACAAGUUUGUCACGUUCAGCGCUAUAGGCGAAGGAUAUCACAACUACCACCACACGUUCCCCUAUGACUAUGCAACCAGCGAAUUCGGGUGCAAGCUGAACCUUACCACGUGUUUCAUCGACCUCAUGUGCUUCUUUGGUCUGGCCAAGGACCGCAAGCGAGUGUCCAGCGAGCUGAUCCUGGCGCGGAUGCAGCGCACCGGAGACGGGAGCCACCGGAGUGGCUAAGAUGGGUGCGCCGCGGUCAGCUUCGAGGGGAAAACAACCGAAGGAGAAGAAGAAGCUUCCCAGUCUUUGAAAGCUAUACAUUUCUCAUCCUCAGAGGAUGAACGUCAGCUUCAUGAGGGCCUUGACCACAUUUUGCUUGUUUUUGUGGUUUUUUGUAGCUGUAACUUAACAAAUUGUUCAAGUCGGAUUUAAAAAAAAAAAAAAAAACACGUGUUGCUAAGCUCUUGGCCUCAGUUUCUAUAUUGUUCAGUCGGGCCAAGGUCUUGCAAAGUUGUUUUAGAUUUGAAGUAGAUACGUUUUAAAAGUCAACUUCAUUCUUGGCUGUUUUGCCACUUUGGUGUGCAUUUCCUCAUGCAAGAUCAGUCAUGUAGCCAUUUUUAUGUAGGUGUUACUCAAUUAUUAAUGAAAAUACAUGAGAAGUGCCGUAACAAAAAAGGAAACAACGUUUUAAUCAAUAAGUUGUGAUACUUUUGCCUUUGUUGACAGUUUACAUCGGAUUUUUACAGUUCUGAUCUAAAUUAAGAUUUGGAGCACUCUUAAAGAUGUGUCAAAGUUUAAAGAGAGUUAAAAUCACAUUUGUUUUGUUGAAACAAAGUUGCUGGCUUUCAUGAAAUAUGGCACCUGAUGGAUGACUGAGGGAACCCAGACCAUCUCUUUACGACUUGACAACCACAUUGCCAAAAAGUGAACAGAAACCUCAGUCAUGUGGUUUGUUUCUGUCUAACUGGGCUGUUCUCUGCGGAAAGCAGAACUUUGAAAAGGACUAAUGCUUUCUUUAGUCUGUGUAGUAAUUUGAGACAAUCUUAAAAAACUGCCAAUAAAUAUUACUAGUAAAAGAUAAAUGUUAUUUUACCUAAGAACCAUGCAAUGUGUUGUGUGUUUUUGAUGGUUACAUAACAGAAGAGGGUUCCUGUUGUCGACUGACUCAUUCAUAACCAUCUCUAUCCAGCACGCUAAGUCAAUAUUGCUUCUCUAAAAUCCGUUGUGGAAGUUUAACUGUGGUAUUCGACAUGUUCCUCCUUUGUCCACAAACACCUGCCGCAGACGUCUCAUUGGUCGACGUAGCAGCAGCCCGGUCAUGUGACAGUUCUGGCGUUGUGAAACAACAUGCCACCCCAUGCAUGACGAUAUACCGUAGUAGGUGUUUGUAGUGAGGUGUUUUUUCUUUAUCAACGGCAGAGCUGUGUCUUAAUUUUGUGACGUAACCGCGGAGCUGCAUCUCUUUUGGAUCAACAGAGCUGUUGCCAUGGUGACAGAGAGGGUCUGGUUUCCCAGCAGAUUUCAGGUGUUUACUCUGGUUUAUUCUAUUUCUUAUUGACUUAAACGAAUAUUGCUCUAACCUGAACCUGUUUCUGCUUUGCAAGAAUUGGAAGAUUGUCUUUUAAAUAUCAAAAAUACCAAAUUGGAGCACAUGCGUACUUUUAUCCCCCCCAAGAGUCAGAAUACAACUUAAUGCCUUAUAUAUACAUAUAAAUAUAUAUAUAUGUCCUGUCAGAUAAAGAUAUAAAACCUGACUGAGGUCCAUGUUUACAGGCUGAAGCACCAGGUCCAACAUUAUUACUUAUUACUUAUUGUUUUUAUUAUUUUUUUAUUCAAUUCAGGCAGCAUGACAACAUUACGGUACUGUGAAUGCAAAUGGAUCUGAUUCAAAUUUAACACCCGGUGUUUAAUCAUGAGAUUUAACUUGCAAAACAUGGUUCCCCUGCUGGAUGUGCCAACUGUACUUUCACAGCAUCUCACUCUGAAACCCUUCAAACAAACGGGUGCCGUGAUCAGACGUCACUCAAACCAAACCCGACAGUGAAAUAUCUCCACACAUGCCAACAACUCCCUCUAUCUAGUUUUCCUAAAUGACCCGGAGGACGGAGAGGUUGUCAGUCUGAAUGAUCAUGUCAAAUCUAAACUGUAUUCUAUUCUGAAAUAAAAGUCACGAUAUUUUCA